AUGGAACAAACUUUUGCGGAUGCUUUGGAGCGGACAGAUGAUAUUAUUGAGACUGUCCAGCAGCACCCCCCUCCUUUGAGACCCACGCCUAGUGGGGAGAAAUCUCUUCAUGAAAAGCUCUAUGACAUUUAUGUUGAGGAAUGUGGAAAAGAGCCAGAGGUAGAGGGCCUCAGAAGCAAUGUCAACUUGCUGGAGAAGCUGAUGAAGAAAGAGUCGUUGCCCUGUUUAGUGGUCAACCUGUACCCUGAAAAUCAGGGCUAUUCUCUCAUGCUCAAGGACAAACAUGGAGUCCUUGUAGAGCCCUUUCCAGUGCCUUAUGUCGGAAAGAAACUGCUCGAAUAUUUGGAUGCCGAAGAGUUACCUUCUCUUCUGAUUGAUAUCCUGGAAAAGUCUCCUGUGAAUGUUUUUCACCAUGGCUGUGUCAUAGCAGAAAUCCGAGACUACAGACGGUGCAGAGACAACGCCUGCCCUCCUGGGGAGCUUUGUGAAGAGCCCGCUGUGUCACCCGCUGAGUCUUCUGCUGCCUACCAAACACGGCAUGUUCUAUUGCGUCCCACGAUGCAGUCUCUAGUAAGUGAUGUGGAGUCCAUAACAAGUGAUAACCGUCAGUGGACUGAGGAAGAGAAACUUGAACUUGAGAGGCAACUGAUCUUAGCUACAGCAGAGCCACUGUGUCUGGACCCCUCUGUUGCUGUCACCUGCACAGCCAACAAACUGCUGUUUAAUGAGCAGAAGAUGAUGACAGACUCCAUGAGACACUGCUACAUGACUCAGGGGUGGCCCUACGUAGAACAGGACGAAGAACGGUAUAUACGUCCAACUCCUCCGAAUAUUGCAACAGUGAUGGCUUGGAGAAAACGAGCAGGCAUCAGACUAGGUGACCGGUAUGAUCCGAAUAUUACUGAAGCAGGAAAGUGUGUAGAAACGUGGAAGAAGAGAUCCUGUGGACUGGUGGCCCCAGCAGAAGUGGAUGUGGAUAAAUAUGCUGGAGGGAAGCCGUUUGUGCCCCGUUAUUACUCAGAAUCAGCAGCCUGCUCAACUUCUAAGAUAAAACAUGGUUAUGUGUUUGAGUGUGAAGGGGGCAGUCAGCCACGGGAAACAAAGACAAGUAUGACACAGACCCUUAGUGAGCCAUUUUUCUCUACUGAAGUAAAACCAAUAGAGGGCAGACGUGAUAGCCAGAUGUAUCUUCCCCAAGUUGCCGCACCUAAAUGUUUGCUUGGUUCUCCAGCUGGAGACAAGAUUGAGUCUAGGAAGGUAAAACCUUUGGAUGUGCGCCAAGGGUCUGUCCGGAACAAGGCUGAGUGUCUAGGCAAAAUGCCGCAGGGGCCCACUGACUCCAUCUCUGUUGGUCAGCCCUCCCUAGGAAAGGAGGCUACAUCCCAUUUAGUGCCUUCUUCAAGCAUAGAGAGGAGAAUUAAGGCCCCAGCUCCACUGUUCACACAGCCUUCCACUUCAGGACAGGGUUCUUCAGCAGGCAAUCCUCCCCCUGUAGCAGUCAGAGGUAGGAAGCUUCCAAGACUUGCUUCUUUCCCCACAUCAGCCAGCCCGGCUCCACAAACCUUUUGGAGAGUGAGCAGUAUUAACAUCCGUCCUCCAGCAGUUCAACCCUCUGUCAGCUUGUCAGAGAGUAGUCCAGCUCCCCAGGGCCCCAGCAGUGGCACUGGCCAAAAUGUCAUCAGUUUGUUUGGCCAAGCACAGAGGGGCCCUGUUUUGAUGACCAGUUCAUCCCACGUGCUGAGCUUUCCCACGGGUGCCCCAACAUCUACACAAACUUCUUGUACAGCCUUUCUGCGUCCAAGAAGUCAGAUGCCCAACAUCCACUCCAGAGCACCACAACGCUCUGUGCAUACAUCUGUGAAAGUAAUUGUAAAAAAUAAUAAGUCAGUUCCGAUAACUGUCAGGUUUUCACCUGGCUCUGUCAUUUUGCACCCCCAGUCACAAGCGCAGCAGCAGCAGCCAUGGUUGCAACCACAGCAACCACAGCAGCAGCAGCAGCAGCAGCAGCAGCAGCAGCAGCAGCAGCAGCAGCAGCAGCCGCCGCCGCCGCCGCCUCCGCCGCCGCCACAGCUGUAUUCACAGCCAGAGCAGCAGCGAAAACCUUUGUAUGUCUUGAUUCCAAAACGGCAGCAGCCACCCAGGGCUCCUGUCCCUCCACAGCCAGUGCCACCAGCUUCUUCCCAGGGCUCCGGCAUUCAGCAACGGGCACUGUCAGCUCAGCAAGCCCGUCUCUUUAAUUUUGCUGAGUCUGGGAGGGUUUGCCAGCCUCAGGCAACUGUGGUGUGUCAGGUACACUCCCCCCAACAGAGUUCUGGGCAGAACCUUCCUUCACAGGGCUUCCAGUGCCCUGCUGCCCGGCUAGAGCAGCUGCAUGCUAGGGACCAGAGUGUGCAGCUGAGAUUUUUGCCAGGUAUAGUCACUAUGCCCAGAGCAGCCACUCAGCAUGGUCCUCGGAGACCCACAGGUGGCCAGUGCAGAGGUACAAAGAGGGGAGGUCCGCCAACUCCCCCAGACUCUUAA